AUGGCCUCACAACGUGCAUUCAGAGUUGGUUCUGCUCUUCUGUUGGCCUGGGUCUUUUCGACGGCCGAUGCUCUCCAGGUAACGCCAGGCUCUAAAUGCGCCAAAGUUUGCCUCGACUCCGGAAGCGACAACCCGUGGAAGGCGUCCGACUCCAACACCAACAUCACCGAUGUAACCUGCUCGGAUGCCAGUUACCUCAACACACCAGUUGGUCAACAUUACCAAAGAUGCCUCUCUUGCCUGCAACGGAGCAAUAGAUUCUGGGACGGCGAGGCUGAUUUGAAAUGGUUUGUCUACAACCUUCGAUACACACUCGACGCCUGCCUCUUUUCAAUACCAUCUACGCCAGCAAAUGACCACGACAUACCUUGUUCAACGAACGGUGCCUGCCAUGCCCUCAAAUCAUCACUGUCCAACGACAAGCUCGAACCAAACCCCAGCCUAGCCUGGGACUACUGUGCGGCCGAUGACGGAAAUUUCAUGAGCCAAAACCAAUCCUUGUGUCGUGACUGUCUACGAAAUAGCAACGACCAGGUCUACAUGGCCAACUUCAUCACGGCCCUCGAGGCCGGCUGCCGCCAAACACCCAACGACGGCGACGUACUCGGUCUGAGCGCCACCAUCUUUUCCAAAUCCAGCGUCGACAUUAUCGACCCGCAACGCGUCACAAACCCCGACCAGCCCUCUGGCGACCUCCCCGCCCCCGCCAUUGCCGGCAUCGUCGUUGGGGUGGUGCUCGUGUGCCUCAUCGCUGUGUGUCUGCUCGUGGCGCACUGCCGCCGCGAGCGCCGCCAGGGCAGCUGGACCGACGACCCGUACGACUCGGAGCCGCAGCACAGCCCAUACCGCGCACCCAACGCCUGGACCCCGAGUGGCGGAGGCCUGGGCCGCGGCCUCAAGUCCCACGUCGUGCGGCCGUAUCGCGGGGAGCAGGUGUACAUGGGCGGUAACAGCCGCGCGCACAGCGAGAAGACGACGCCCGUCAGCGCCACCCAGCAGCAUCCGGUUGCCGUCGAGCUACGCAGUGGGCCGCCCGCCGCCACGCACGACCACGACCACGAUGGCGUUCCUACGCCGCAUGGCUACUACCGGCGGCGGCAGCCCUCGCAGAGCACCAUUGUCACGCCGGCGCCGACGUAUGACGGGGAUGACUGCGACGAGCUGCGACGGGGUCGCGCGCCUUCGCGCACGCAGGCUGGCAGGGACGACGACUAUUUUUCGCACCGCGGCGGCGGCGGCGAGGACCGCAAGGAGCCGCAGCCACCGCCCCCGAUCAGCGUUGGCCUGCCAGCCAACCCGCGACGGCGGUCGAACACGCCCGACUCGUUUGCCGAGCAGGCCUACAUGGCCGCCGCCGAGGAGUCGGAGCGCAUCGCGGCGCGGCAUGCCGCCCGUGCAUCCCAGCUCUAUUAUCCAGCCUCGUCCUUAGCCGGCGCCGAAGCCGCGUCGUCCAAGAGGGACAGCUCCGGCAAGCUCUCCUCGAUGCUGCCCAACGCCAUGACGUGGAAAAUCAAGGUGCCGAGCCUUUUCCGCUCGUCGUCGCCCAAUCGUCCUAUUAUGAACAUUUCGGCGCCGAUUCUGGAGACAGCCCCACGAUACUCGAUUGCCCCGCGAGGUCCAGUCGUAGUUGAUCCCAACAGGCAGAGGCGUGUCGUCCCACGCAUGAGACAGGAAGCUGUUUCGAGUGACUUGUAUGGAUGA